AUGGGGCCUCAGCUGCCCCCGAAUGUCGCGUCGGCUGUACAUAACCCUGAAGUGGAGUAUGCCCCCUCUGAGGUUGGGGUAGGCGAUUCCUGCGCGGGUUUCAGCAUCAAGACCAAGAUCGAACAGGAUUCGAGCCACCCCCCACAGCCGCACAUCUCUUUAGAGGGGUCGGACUUCAAGGCUGCUCCCUGUUCUCGCUUUAUGAGAGGUAGAUGCCAUGCGGGCUCCAAUUGCAAAUACGCGCACUCAGCAGCAGAGCUGAGACCUUUUACUCAGGAAGAUGGGGGGCCCCUGCCUGUGAGCCUCAAGGCCAGCAGGAGGGGUCCCCAUGGGGGCCCCCAGCGCAGCGGCCUGAAGGGUGGGCACCAGCAGCACCACCAGCAGCAGCAGCUGCGCAAGCAUGUAGCAGCGUCGCAGCGCUUAGGCUUUCCGGGGAUGAUUGCUGCCCGCGGCAGCAGCAGCAGCAAAAGCGGUGGUGGAGGCAGCAGCAGCAGCAAGAGCAGCGGCUGCAGCAGCACGAGUGUGAGCAGUACGCCGAGCAGCAACAGUAGCAGCGGCUGCAGGAGCAGUGGCGGCGUUGCAGCAGCAGAGCUGGCACACUCACGAAUGCAGCAGCAGCUGCUGCGCGAUUGUGAGGCUUUGUUGAGCUGCAUGGGUUUAGCUGCUGCAGCUGGGUCAGGUGGCCCUCCCAUCCUUGAUGUUUACAGGGGGAGAGGGGGCUCUGAGGGUCCCCCAACACCUCUUACGCUCCAUACACGGCAGAGUGUGGGAUCACACACAGGCCCCUCUUCUCGCUGCGAUCAGGACUGUCGGGCCACGUAUUCGCUAGAGCAGCAGCUGCAGCAACAGCUGCUGCUGCAACAACAGCAGCAGCAACAGCAGCAGCUUCUGCAGCAACAACAGCAGCAGCAACAGCAGCUGCUGCAGCAACAGCAGCAGCAGCAGUAUUUAAUGCAGCAGCAACAUCUCCACGAAGCCCUACUGCAGCAACAGGGGUUGAACGAGCAGCUGCAGCAGCGCCAGCAGCAGCGGCGGCAGCAGCAGCAGCAGCAGCAGCAGCCGGAGGCCGACCUUGCAAUUGAGGGUCUCUUGGCGCAGCUAGCGGUGCUGCCCUUACCUUCCACAGCAGAGCAGCAACAACAGCAAGAGCAGCAACAGCAGCAGCAACAGCAGCAGCUGUUGCUGCAGCAGCAGAAGGUAUUCCAGGAACAGCUGCAGCAGCAGCAGCAGCAGGUGUUGCUGCAGCUGCAGCAGGACCUCCCAUUUUUCUUGAGUGCGGGGGGUUUGGGGGGUCCCCCCGGGUUUGGCCAGGGCCCCCCUCCAUUUCUCUGCAGCAGCAGCGACAGCACCUCCCUAUCAAGUUCAGAAGCCCGGCUGAUUGCACAGGACCCUUCUCCUUUGCUUCAUGUUGCAGAGGACCCCGGGUCCCUUGGGGGCGAGUGGAAGAGCAGCAGCAACAGCAGCAGCAGCAGCAACAACAGCAGCAGCAGCAGCACAUGA